AUGUUCAAGAAGAUCAUGAAAGGUGGGCACAAGAAGCCCUCCAAGUCCGAGGCAAGCGAUCCCUUGCCUGCGCCGUACGUCGCUGCCAACCGCAACUCGCCGGCGGCGCCCUCGGCCAAUGUCAUGGUGAACCACGCCUCGCGCGGAGUCGGAGGCGGCGCGCCUCCUAGCUCUGGCACCGCGAUGCCGCUCGUGCCGACCCCCGGGUCUAUGGAGCCUGUGCCGCCGUUCCGCGACGCGCCAGUAUCGGAGCGUCAGAACCUCUUCCUCCGGAAGCUCCACAUGUGCUGCUACGUCCUCGACUUUUCUGACACGAUGAAGAAUGUUAGAGAGAAGGAAAUCAAGCGCCAAGCGCUGAUGGACCUCGUCGAGUUCAUCCAAUCCGGCUCCAGCAAGAUGUCGGAGCAUUGCCAGGAGGAGAUGAUCAGAAUGAUCUCCGUCAACAUUUUCCGGUGCCUCCCACCAGCGUCGCACGAGAACACAGGCCAAGAACCCACGGAUCCUGAAGAAGAGGAACCAAGCUUGGAUCCGACGUGGCCUCACCUUCAGCUCGUGUACGAGCUUCUCCUUAGAUACGUGGUUUCCGCCGAAACCGAUACGAAAAUUGCUAAACGGUAUAUUGACCACUCCUUUGUUCUCAAAUUGCUUGAUUUGUUUGACUCUGAAGACCCGCGGGAGAGGGAGUAUUUGAAAACCAUACUGCAUCGUAUAUACGGGAAAUUCAUGGUGCAUAGGCCGUUUAUUAGAAAGGCUAUUAACAACAUUUUUUAUCGGUUCAUAUAUGAGACUGAGCGGCACUCUGGUAUUGGGGAGCUUCUGGAGAUUCUUGGGAGCAUUAUUAAUGGGUUUGCACUGCCCAUGAAAGAGGAGCAUAAGUUGUUUCUGGUGAGGGCGCUUCUGCCUCUGCAUAAGCCGAAAUCGGUGUCCAUGUACCACCAGCAGUUGUCUUACUGCAUUACUCAGUUUGUGGAGAAGGAUUUCAAGCUGGCGGAUACGGUGAUUAGGGGGUUGUUGAAGUAUUGGCCUCUCACCAAUUGCCAGAAGGAGGUUCUCUUCCUUGGAGAACUGGAGGAAGUGCUGGAGGCCACGCAGGCCGCCGAAUUUCAAAAAUGCAUGGUUCCACUUUUUAGACAGAUUUCACGCUGCCUCAAUAGUUCUCACUUUCAGGUUGCAGAACGAACCCUCUUUUUGUGGAACAAUGAACAUGUUGUGAGCUUAAUUGCCCAAAACAGGACUGUGAUACUACCAAUAAUAUUUGAUGCUUUUGAGAAGAACAUCUCGAGUCAUUGGAAUCAGGCAGUACAUGGACUGACCGUGAAUGUUCGCAAAAUGUUCAUGGAAAUGGAUACAGAAUUGUUUGAAGAGUGCGAGCGACAGCACGCAGAGAAUGAGAGUAAGGCCAAAGAUGUAGCAGAGCUGCGGGAACUUAAUUGGAAAAGACUGGCAGAUGCGGCUGCACAGAACGGAGUGGAGGACAUGGUCACAACUUAG